AUGUUCUCCUCAGUUUUCGUAUUUGUACUGGCUUUUGUACUUUUGGAAGCGCCACUGUUUGCUCGGGCCGGUUUAUACGUGGUAUCGCCCUCCAAGGGAUCCGUAUGCCAUGGAGGACAACCAUGCACGAUUGAAUGGCUAGAUGACGGCACAGCACCCUUGCUCUCAGCUAUUGGUGUUGCCACCGUUGGUCUUUACACUGGCAAACAGAAAAUCGUCCAAUGGAUUCAGGCCGUGGAUGUGACCACUGCUCACUCCAUCACAUUUACGCCCAACCCUGCUGCAGGACCCAAUUCCGACGCUUACUACAUCGCCAUCACAUCAACGUCUUUGAAAAAAACAAACGACAGUACAAUCCCCUACUCGGGCUGGUCUCCUUACUUCCGCCUAGACCGCAUGUCCGGAUCCUUUGACACUCCCCUCCCAUCCGCAACUGCAUCCAUCCAAAUCCCCAGCUCCCUCUUACACGCUGCGACACAGUCCGCGCAGUCAACAUCAACCGUCACCAUCGGCCACCUCUCCACCUCCCAAGCGGCGCUGAACUCGACGCCGAUCCCGUCUGCGUCGGCGUCAGCUUCGAAAAUGAUAACGUCGGUCUCCCCUGCUUCCUCUACACAUUCAUCAACCGCGUCAAGCUCUGCUGCAUCGUCGUCUUCCACAAGUACCGCUAGCACGAGCGGGGCUUCCGGACUUUCAGCAUUGACUCGCCCAUUUUUCUUGGCUGCCAUUUCCGCUAUGGUUCUAUGCACGGUCUGGUGA